GGAAUCGGAAUCGGAUUCAGAUGGCGGCGAGUACCUUGGCCGGCGACGAUGUGAGGAGGCUGAGCGCUCAGCUGAGUUUCGGAUCGUCGGGGCGGAGGAGCUUCGCGGAUGCUUGGCAGCAGCAGGAGCCGGACGCCUUCAGCCGCGUCGAUCGGGAGAAUACCGAUGAGGAGGAGCUGGUAUGGGCGGCGCUCGAGCGCCUCCCUACCUACGAUCGAGUUGGCCGGAGUAUGCUGUCGAAGGCGCUCGACGACGGAACGUUUAAGGCCAGUGAGAUCGACGUUAGGAAGCUUCGUGGAGAAGAUAGGAGAGAAUUGCUGGAGAAGAUCUUCAAAUUGGUGGAGGAUGACAACGAGAAGUUUCUCCAGGGUAUGAAAAAUCGCGUGGAAAGGGUUGGAAUGGAAAUACCUAAAAUCGAAGUGCGGUACGAGCAGCUAUCAGUGGAUGGAUACGUGCACGUUGGGAGCAGAGCACUCCCCACUUUACUCAACGCCGCCAUUAAUACGGUUGAGAGUGUUCUCGGAUUGCUCCGAAUAGUCCCUUCGAAGAAGAGAAAGAUCAAAAUACUUGAUGAACUCAGUGGCAUUAUCAAACCGUCUAGGCUUACGCUUCUGUUGGGUCCUCCGGGCGGGGGGAAGACGACGUUCCUGGUUGCGCUUGCAGGGAAGCUUCAUGAUAGCUUAAAGAAAUCGGGGAGGAUCACAUAUUGCGGCCAUGAGUUCAGCGAAUUUGUUCCUCAAAGAACAUGUGCUUAUAUCAGUCAACAUGAUCUUCAUCAUGGAGAGAUGACAGUUAGGGAAACAUUCGAUUUCUCAGGGAGGUGUUUAGGGGUCGGGCCUCGAUAUGAAAUGUUAGCAGAGCUCUCAAGGCUUGAGAAAAAGUCCGGAGUUGUACCUGACUCUGAGAUCGAUGCUUUCAUGAAAGCAGCAGCCAUCUCUGGUCAGAAACACAGUUUGGUCACAGAUUAUGUUCUCAAGAUACUUGGAAUAGAUAUAUGUGCAGAGACAAUAGUUGGUGAUCAAAUGAGGAGAGGUAUUUCAGGAGGACAAAAGAAACGUGUGACUACUGGGGAAAUGCUUGUCGGGUCAGCGAGAGUUCUUUUGAUGGAUGAAAUAUCUACUGGAUUGGACAGCUCCACCACUUUCCAAAUCGUCAAAUGCAUGAGGCAAAUGGCUCACAUAUUGGAUCUAACGAUGAUCAUUUCUCUACUGCAACCAGCUCCCGAGACAUAUAACCUUUUCGACGACAUUAUCUUACUGUCCGAAGGUCAGAUUGUCUAUCAAGGUCCAAGAGAAACAGCUCUCGACUUCUUCAUGCACUUGGGCUUCAAAUGCCCUGCUCGAAAAGGAGUUGCUGAUUUUCUCCAAGAAGUGACGUCGAAGAAGGACCAAGAGCAGUAUUGGUAUCAGAAGGACCAGCCGUAUAGAUUCAUCACUGUUCGAGAAAUGGCAGAAGCCUUUAAGUCCUUCGAUGUCGGCAAAAGCAUCCGUGACGAGCUCAACAUUCCUUACGACAAAUCUAAAACUCAUCCGGCAGCUUUGGUUAAGAAAGCGUAUGGAAUUCCCAAUUGGGAGCUCUUGCGCGCUUGCUUCUCUCGAGAAUGGUUGUUGAUGAAACGCAACUCGUUUAUAUACAUAUUCAAGACGGUUCAGCUAACGAUCAUGGCUGUUAUAUGCUUCUCUGUGUUCUUCAGAACACAUAUGCCGUAUGGAAAGUUAACCGAUGGAGGCAAAUACUUCGGCGCGCUUUUCUUCAGUCUUACAAACGUUAUGUUUAACGGUGUGGCUGAACAAGCCAUGACCGUAUUCAGGUUGCCAGUCUUUUACAAACAGAGAGACUAUCUUUUUUACCCUGCUUGGGCUUUCGGCUUGCCUAUAUGGAUCUUGAGAAUCCCUCUCUCUUUCUUACUAUCAACAAUUUGGGUUUGUAUAACAUACUACACCAUUGGAUUUGCUCCUCCUAUAUCAAGGUUCUUCAAGCAAUACCUUGCAUUCUUCAGCAUACAUCAGAUGGCUCUUGGUAUGUUUCGAUUAACAGGUUCCAUUGGUAGAACACAAGUUAUUACUUCAAUGAUCGGAAGCUUCACCUUGCUCAUUGUCUUCGUUCUUGGUGGCUUUAUAAUCUCUAAGAAUGAUCUGGAACCAUGGAUGAAAUGGGCCUACUAUCUCUCUCCCAUGAGCUACGGACAGAAUGCCAUCGCCGUAAAUGAAUUCCUUGAUUCGAGAUGGGACAAACCUAUACUUCCCUUGGACAAUGUUCAUACUGUUGGUAAAGUCCUCCUCCAAGAAAGAGGCUUCUACACCGAGGAGAAAUGGUACUGGAUUUGUGUUGCUGCACUCCUCGGAUUUUCGGUUGUCUUCAAUGUUGGCUUCAUUAUUGCGCUCACUUACUUAAACCCUCUAACCAAUGCAAACACUAUUAUCUUGGAUGACGAUGAAAGCGAUAAGAAAGACAAGGAAAUGAAAGAAGGUUCGAAUAGUCCUUCGCAGGGUGCACCUAAGAAAGGGAUGGUUCUGCCAUUUCAACCUCUGUCCCUUGUGUUCGAUAGCAUCAACUACUUCGUGGAUAUGCCGGCCAAAAUGAAAGCUCAAGGAGCUGAGGGCGAUCGUCUCCAACUCCUCCACAAUGUCAGCGGCACUUUCAGACCGGGAGUACUAACAGCGCUGGUCGGAGAGAGUGGCGCCGGCAAGACAACCUUAAUGGAUGUCUUAGCCGGGAGAAAGACAGGCGGAUACAUCGAGGGGAGGAUCAGCAUCUCUGGGUACCCGAAGAAGCAGGAGACUUUCGCGCGAAUCAGCGGAUACUGUGAACAGAAUGAUAUUCAUUCGCCUAAUGUCACCGUUUUCGAAUCUGUUCUGUACUCGGCGUGGCUACGCCUCCCUGAAGAAGUGAAUGAGGCGUCGCGAAAGGCCUUUAUCGAAGAAGUAAUGGAACUUGUGGAGCUUAAUCCUCUGAGAAACUCUUUAGUCGGACUCCCCGGCGUCAGCGGCCUCUCGACUGAGCAAAGAAAGAGGCUAACGAUCGCAGUCGAGCUGGUUGCGAAUCCAUCCAUCAUCUUCAUGGACGAGCCGACCUCUGGACUCGACGCUAGAGCUGCUGCCAUUGUCAUGCGCACCGUGCGAAACACUGUCGAUACCGGAAGAACUGUCGUCUGCACAAUUCAUCAACCCAGCAUCGAAAUCUUUGAAGCUUUCGACGAACUCCUGUUGCUGAAAAGAGGAGGCAGAGUCAUCUAUGCAGGGCCUCUCAGCCAGCAGUCUCAGAAGCUGAUCGAAUACUUCGAGGCAAUCCCCGGGAUCCCAAAAAUCGAAGACGGAUACAAUCCAGCUACCUGGAUGUUGGAUGUCACCACAACAACAAUGGAGAGGAAGCUAGGAGUCGAUUUCGCAGACAUUUACGCCAACUCGUCUCUUUAUACGAGGAAUCAAGAACUUAUAAAAGAACUAAGCCUGCCUCCACCAGGCUCCAAAGACCUCUCCUUCCCAACUCAGUAUUCUCAGCCAUUCUUCAGCCAGUGCAAAGCCUGUUUCUGGAAGCAGUUCUGGUCUUACUGGCGAAAUCCGAACUACAACGCUACUCGAUUCUUCAUGACGAUCGUCAUUGGACUCAUAUUCGGCGUCAUUUUCUGGGAUAAGGGACAGCAGACUUCGAAGCAGCAGGAUUUUCAGAACCUCCUCGGAGCUAUCUAUUCGACGGUUCUCUUCCUCGGGGCGCAGAACUGCAACAGCGUGCAAGCAAUUGUCGCCGUAGAGAGAACGGUUUAUUAUCGCGAACGAGCAGCUGGGAUGUAUGCGGCCUUUCCUUACGCAUUCGCUCAGGUUGCGAUAGAGAUCAUGUACGUCUUCUUCCAGACCCUAAUCUAUGAUCUGAUCCUGUACUCGAUGAUCGGAUUCGAAUGGUCGAUCGCCAAAUUCCUGUGGUUCUUCUACUUCAUCUUCAUGUGCUUCGUGUACUUCACAUUGUACGGGAUGAUGCUCCUCGCGCUCACCCCGGGCCUCCAGUUCGGCACGGUCGUGAGCAGUUUCUUCGUUAGCUUUUGGAACUUGUUCUCCGGCUUCCUCAUCCCCCGAACGGAAAUCCCGAUAUGGUGGCGAUGGUGCUACUGGGCUUCUCCGGUUGCCUGGACGAUAUACGGGCUGGUGGCUUCUCAGGUUGGCGACAUAACGUCUCCGGUGGAGAUCACCGGAGUCGGGCCUGUGCCCGUCAACGUGUUCCUUAAGAAGAUGUUAGGGUAUGAUCACAACUUCUUGCCGGUCGUCGGGGUGAUGCACCUCGUAUUCGUGGUGGUCUUCGGUAUAAUCUUCGCCUUGGCAAUUAAGCAUCUCAACUUCCAACGGAGAUAACGAGCUCGUAUCACAUCGAUUCGCCGUGUUGCGAAAGCAUCGAUUUCGGAAAAAAUUUUCACUCCAUAUUUAUAAGUUUUUGUUGUUCUUGUUUGUUUGGUGUGUUGUCGCAUAAA